GUAUGAAAGAACGUGUGAAAAGGAAACAUAAAACGAGAGCUCUAUAUUUUUAUUUAUGUGUUGAAAUAUAUUAUUUGUAAUAUUUAAUCGAUAUUGUAUAUAUAUUUAUAACACAGCCAGAACCAUGUCCAAUAAAUUCGAAAUUAUUUCCAGGUUGUUAAAAACUAAUGAAGAAAGUGGGGAUGAUGAAGUACAAUCAAAAGAUAAUCAAAAAGUUGAAAAAGAUCCACUACCUCCUAUAGAAAUUAGUCCAAAUGAGCACAAAUUACAGUACGCAUAUGCAUUAUGGUAUAGUCGACGUACUCCUGGUAUCCAACCAAGUAUACAAAGUUAUGACCAAAAUUUGAAAUUGGUCGGUAGGUUUGCAAGUGUAGAACAGUUUUGGAGUCUUUAUAGUCAUUUAGUUCGGCCAUCAGAAUUAACAACACAUACAGAUUUUCAUCUUUUCAAAGUUGGCAUAAAACCAAUGUGGGAAGAUGAAGCGAAUCAGAAAGGUGGUAAAUGGAUAGUGAGAUUACGAAAAGGUUUAGUAUCUAGAUGUUGGGAGAAUCUUAUAUUAGCUAUGUUAGGUGAACAAUUUAUGGUCGGAGAAGAAAUAUGUGGAGCUGUUGUAUCUAUAAGGUUUCAGGAAGAUAUAAUAUGUGUAUGGAAUAAGACUGCAUCUGAUUAUGCAACAACAGUACGUAUUAGGGAUACAUUAAGGAGAGUACUGCAUCUUCCACCAAGUGCCUCAAUGGAAUACAAAACUCAUAAUGAAAGUUUAAAGAACGUUCAUCGGCUCUAAUUUGACAUGACACUAACUCGAAAAUUUGAGUUUUUCAUGGAUAAAUUUUUAGCCAAUUGAUACUUAUGAAAAGAUGAUACUUAUUAGGAGAAAAAUAUUUUACAACUAAAGAAUUUGAAUGGACAUCAUAUUCGGUAAAAGCAUUUUAUUCACCAAUGUCUCAUUGUAACUUAUGUAAAUAAUAAAUUCAUGUUAAUAAUAAAAAGAACUCUUGUUUUCAAAAUAUGUUUCAUUUUUAUAAUAAUUGUUUUAAUAAAAUAAUGAAACCUAAUUAUCUCAAAGUUUUAUACAUACCGUCGUAUUUAUGUAUCUAGAAAGCAUUGAUUUAUAAAAAUAAAAAAUCGUUUUAUACUUUAAGUAUUUUUAUUCAAAGGUAUUUAAAACUCGAAGCCCAUUUUACAUAAAGACAUUUAUACAUUUGUACACGAGAUCAUGUUUCUUUAGAAUGUGUACACAAUUAUAAUUUUGUACAUAACACUUUCAAACAUUUUAAACAAAAUAAAAUUUUUAUUUGGAUAUAAACAGUUUCGCAUCUUCAUAUCUUUAACUAAAAACAUGUAAAAAAAAAA